UCUCAGCUCCGCAUCAUCAUGCCCUCAACUCCGCAGCUUCACAAAGAGAAGAAGAGAACCACCGGGCCGUUGCUUCUUCAUGUGUGGCCAUAGAUCCCGUUGCCCUCAGAAAGCAACAACGUGCACGGGACACAAAGUUCAGGCUUCAUGGAGAUGAAGCUGAGUGAAGAGAUGACAGAACGGAACAUGUCCAGAUGACAACAGAUAACCCAGUCCAAAUAUGCUGACAUAGCAGGCAGAGUGUUUGAUUGACAGCUCAACAACACACCCUUCCUCUUGCCGCCGCCCACUCAUCGUCCGUCCAGCCAUGUUGUUUAGGAGGAAGCUGUGGGUUGCCCUGAUGAUCACUGUCAUCCUCUUCCUCGCCAGUCAGAGCAUCCGGAGGAGACUCUUUCUGCCUCUGUCAUUAGCCCUGCCCACCAGCAGGGAGACAGUGUUUGCAGUAGUUGAACCCACGGCGCCUUCUGCUGAUCCGACCCCUGACCCUCCCAGGACCCCCCCUCCUCCAAGCACCACCCAACCUGAAGCCGAGGAGAAGCCUGUAGAGAACUCCCAGUAUGACCUGAGGUCGUGUGCUUGUACGGAGUCUUGUAUUUCAGACCUGGGGGGGUCAGAAUGGUUCAGCCGGCGCUAUGACCCCAAACAGCAGCCCGUCCUCCAAGACCCUAACAACAACAACAACUUUGACCCUGAAGCACUCAGAUGGUGGCUGAGUCUUCAGCGGUCCGGGAAUGACCAUACUCUGAAGGAAGUGAUGUUAGAUAUGUUCAAGGUCAUUUCCCCACCCACUGUGGACUUCAGGCCCCCUUCCUCCCGUUGCCGUAGUUGUGCGGUGGUUGGUAACUCCGGCAACUUGCUGGGUUCAGAAAGCGGCAACCUGAUCAACUCCCACGACUACGUAAUCCGAAUGAACAAGGCGGUGACUCGAGGAUUUGAGAAAGACGUAGGGAAUCAGACAACACAUCACUUCCUGUACCCGGAAAGUGCAGUGGACGUUGAUCAUGGCGUCAGCCUCGUCCUGUUGCCUUUCAAACUGAGAGACCUGGAGUGGCUGACCAGCGCGCUGUCCACCGGCCAAGUCAAAAUGACCUACAUGAGGGUUAAAGACCGAGUGCAGGCUGAUAAAGACAAGGUUCUGGUGGUGAACCCAGUGUUCUUUAAGUAUGUUCACGAUCGAUGGACCGAGGGCCACGGUCGCUACCCGUCCACUGGCAUGCUGGCCAUCAUCUUCGCUCUGCACACCUGUGACCAGGUGUCGGUGUUCGGUUACGGCGGUGACCAGCAGGGGAACUGGCAUCACUACUGGGAGGAGAAUCGCUAUGCUGGAGCCUUCAGGAAGACCGGAGUCCACAGCGCCGAAUUUGAAACGCAGAUCAUCCACCAGCUCGCCAAGGAGGGCAAGAUCAGUCUGCACCUGGGACGGAACCACUGACCUUCUGACCCCCAGACAAGCCUACGGACCUUUUGAUCUACAGACUGACCUACAUAUAGACCAACAGACGUGCCGGCCAGCCGACAGACCUAGAGACAGAUCUGCUGACUGACAGACCAAUCGGCUUACUGACCAGCAGAUCAUUCACCACUUAAUUGUUUUGACCAAGAACCAGCUACAUCUUAUCUGGUAUUCGACUGAGUCUGGUUGCUUGCGGCACACCGGGCUGCCACGGCUUGUUUCGGGGGGGGGAGGGGUUUGGUUACAUUGACAGGAUCACACAAUACUUCUUACACGUCGAUCACCAUGUUUGUCCUGAGUCAAGACGUUCAGGCAUGCCGAAUUGAAGCCGCUGUCGGCCAGCAAUAUUUGAACAUACCUGGAUUACCUGUGGACGGAGUCUUCCGGGGACUGUUGGGUGGGGUUUAGAUUCCCUCCCUCUGCAGACUCCUGCUGGUUGAAAUGAGUUCUAGCUCAACUUGAACAUACAGACUGUUUUUCGGGACCCUCCACUGUACAAACAGACCGGUUGUCUGAGACUGCGUGGAAGGACCACACAAGUUUUGCUCUGAGCGGGAAACAACCACAGACUUUUUAUAUAUUUUUAAUGGAUUUUAUUGACUAUAUACAGGGAUAACCUCUUUUUUUUAUCAAAGCACUUUGCCCUGCAGAAGAAAUGGAAUUAAGAGGCCAUGAUGUCGCUUCUCUGUCCGACCACAUUUCAUUUAUAUAUUUUAUAUCAUUUAUAAUCCAUCCAUUUAUUCUAACUGAAUCUUCCGUCCUGAACCGUCGCUUACUGUCCUGACAGACUUACGUUUUCUUUCACAUCUACAUUUUGGGAAUGUAAGCCAAUGACACUUCCUGUCUCGACCAUAUAUGGCGCUGGAGGCAGCAAGUGGGGGGAGCCUGUGUGAGGUUCUCAGCUGGUGUUUGAGCUUCUCCAUGUUGUCCAGGAUGAUUCAGCAGUCUGCAGGUCUUUAGCUGAUUUCACUGACUAAAGCAGGAACAUUUUAACUAGUUUUUUUUUUAUACUCCAAUAGCUGACAAAGGUAAUGGUGAGGUGUAAAGGUAAACUCUGCAACAACUUAAGAUGUGAAAAGCUGCAGACUGUUGAACUUCAUGGACAGACGUAAUGUAAGUAUGCGAGUCACAGCUCAGCUGAUGGUAAUGACAAGGACGAGUAGACCCUGCACGACUUUCAACUAAAGAUUUAUCAAACAAAACAUAACAAAGUCAAACAAUCAAGCAACACUACCAGUGUGUGCAGUGCAUGGAUGAGUGGAAGAUGUAGUGCAAUGGAAGUCCAACCAAAAAGAACCAACCAUAUGAAUGAAGAGAGACUGCCCAGUCAAGCAGGUAGCAGAGGAAUCAGCUGUCUGCUGGACUUCCUGUCAAAGGGAGACAACAGCGUUCAAAGGGCUGUCACACCUGUACUGUGAAUGUACAAAAACUGUUGCUGAUUGUCAAUCACAGUCGACUGAAUGUUUGUGGCUCUAAGAGGAGUUUCAGGACAUUAUCACACUGACAAUGUUUGAGUCUGAAUCUGAGAUUGAUCCUCCGUCUUAGAUUGGUUAUAUAGUUUCUUUCAGCUGUGCUUCGGUUUUGCCUGAGGGCUACUCCACGAAGAGAAGAGAAGAGAAGAGAAACCUAUGUCAGCGUAAUCCAAGCAUACAUUUUGGCCUUCACAUGGAUGGUGAGCACAUCCACUCAUGGUAGAUAGUUCAGACUGAACGAAGUUUGCAUCCAGCAGCGACGCAUUUGAAAAAAAAAGUAUAAUUUGCCCUUAAGAACGCAUGAAAACACUUUAACAUGAUCGUGUUUAGUUGACGAAAACGAAGACAUGGUCACUUUUUAAUAGCUUUUUUUACCUCCAUUUGUAUUGCGUAAAAAGGUCAACGAAUAUUUUGUCAGAUUUUGUUUUAAAAAAUGAACAUAGGUAUUUACAUCUGAAAAUUUUAUAAGAAAGAUAUCUCACGCUGUAGCUCCUAAAUUAGUGCCUUUGCUGGUAACAGUAGCUAAUGUUACUGGUUUUAAAAAAGGAGAAUAACAGAUUUAUUGACUAAAUUCAUCCACAAUCUCACUGAAAAUUAGAUUUGAAUCGUCUCAAAACAAAUGUCAAAGGUGAGAGCUUGCCUUGCUUUUUUGGUUUCCUUUAUUGUUUUCCUUUAUUAUUUUUUUAGGAUUACUGUUAAUAUCUAUUUCCAGAUUUAGACCAACCUGCCAUUGUGAAAUAGCUCUGUAAAGAGCUCAGUCUGCUUCAAACAAACUUGGUUGUACAACCUUUAAGGGCCGGGGAUAUGCUAGAAAAGAAUGUGUUAAUAAUAAUAAUAACUUCCGAACAGCAUCACUGGAAGGCAGAGUAAAAAAUCCUGCCAUCACAGACUGCUCCUGGCUGCAUCCCAUUGCCUCCCUGUGCUCUGUCCAACACAGCUGUCUUUGGUGACAAAAGUUGACGGAUGCAGCUGUCGGAAAGGGAAUUUUAGACGAUCCAACAAGCACUUUAUUUGAAGCAGACUGAGGGCCUCUAUAAAUAAUCAUAAAUGCUGAAUUAUAAUCUGGAAGCUGUCGCUCUGACGUUAGCGUUGCUGCAGUUUAGAGUUCUACCUGGUUUGUCUGGAACAAGUCGAAUGAUCUUUUAAAACCCGACUGCUGAGUCAUCUAAAGCUGCAGUUUAAUGUGAAACAUCUGCUUGUUUUAUAGCUUUUUACUGAGAUUUAACACUUUGUUGGCUUCUCGAGGAAAAACCUCCUGCUGGUAAACUGGGAAACUAUCCACGUAAUGAGGAACAUUCAGCCACUAGCAGCCCUCCAGAGUCCUGAGCUGGCUUUAACAUCCGGAUGACGAACAAUGAGGAAUUUGCAGACUAAGUUAUAGUAGAAAGAUGAACUUCCUCACACAAAUUUUUUUUUUUAGAGAUUAUUACCAUCAGAAAUGCAGGAAAGUGUAGAUGAAAUCAAAUCAACAAAUCAUGUUGUAUUAUGUAUGUAUGUUAUCAUAGCUUUAAUUCAGCUCAUCAUGUUUAAACUGUGACUGUUUGAAUAAAGAGAAAGAAAUGUCAGUUUCACUUAACAACCUGCUGUUCGUCAAUCCAUCCAUUCAUUCAGAGUUACCAAACGGAGAAGCACUGUGAUAUUUUAAAACAUGAACCCACCGAUGGUAUUUUCAAUGAAAUAAAAACAUGAAACAAACUGA